AUGUCGCCCCCUUCCUUGCCCUCUCCCGAGAGGGAACAGGAACUGGAAGCGAGGGCACCACCCGCAUCGUCGUCGUAUGGGGCAGAUUCAUGUCCAGCAGGCGCCCGCGGGGAAGCCAUCCACCAACAGCGUGUUGUGCAGCCGGAUUCAGGCAAAUACGACGAAGAAGCAACUCAAGAGGGGGAAAGGAGAAACGUGACGGCUGCAGAGGAUCUUUCGGCGUUACAGCGGCUCUCUGCGGAGCAAUCAGGGGCUAUUGGAUCGUCGAAGUCUCUAAGCCCGACCUCACGAGCCCUGAUGGCCCAUUCCAAGAGGGGGCGGGACCCGAAAUGGCGGAAACAAGUGAGGACCAAGCUACACCAAGUAUGGAUUGCUCAGGGAUGGCAGAUUCACGGCCGGCCGCUCCAGGACGGCAGCCAAGUCAACGAUCUAUAUCAUCAACCGAGAUGUUUAGAACGAUGGUUGAGGACAUGGCAGAGUCACCGAAUGUAG